AAAAACUCUCCAGUCUCCCUCUUCCCCCUUUCCUAGCCAUGACGGAAGUCCCACCAGCUGCUCCUGGCGCCCAAGCAACCGCGGCGGCGUCCCCGGCGGGCGUGCGCGGUGAGCAGGCAAGCACGUCAGUACGCCUCGCGGGGGACGGGUUCGCCGAGCCGCGGAGGAGCCGGAGGUGGAGGGCCCGGGCGGAGCGCGGGGGGAGACGAGCACGCGCGUCUGGUCGUGGCGAUGCCGGCGCCGCCACCGCCGGCGAUGGGCCCGACCCCGGCGGGUGUGAGCGCGGCGUAUGUGCCUGCGCCCGUACCUGUACAGGCGCGGCCUUGGUCGGGGUCGAGGUCGCCCAUCACGUGGGUGAGGUUCGUGGUUGGAUUGCUGCUUCUGGUGCUGCUGGGCUACGCGUUCAUCGAAUGGGGCCUCCCCUUUCUCUCCGAGAAGGUGAUCAUGCCGAUUAUUCAAUGGGAAGCAAAAUCUUUUCGACGUCCCAUGUUAGCGGUCGUGAUAAUUGCUUCUCUAGCACUUUUCCCCAUUGUGUUCCUGCCUUCUGGUCCAGCAAUGUGGCUAACAGGAAUAAUUUUCGGCUAUGGCUUCGGCUUCUUAAUCAUCAUGGCUGGGAUCACCAUCGGCAUGUCAAUACCUUAUUGGAUUGGCUUAUUGUUUCGUGACCGCCUAAAUCUCUGGUUAGAAAAGAGAUGGCCACGGCAGAUUGCUCUGAUUAAACUGGCUGGUGAAGGGAGUUGGUUCCAACAAUUCCGUGUGGUUGCAUUGCUAAGAAUCUCACCAUUCCCAUAUGCACUGCUUAACUACGCCGUAACUGUCACUGAGAUGAAGUUCAACCCUUACAUUUGUGGGUCGGUUGUUGGGAUGAUUCCUGAUGUGUUCAUCAACAUCUACAGUGGGCGGCUGAUACGCACAUUGGCAGAGCUCAACUAUCGCAAGCAUCGAAUGACAAUAGUUGAGAUAGUGUACAACAUUGUCUCUGUUAUUGUCGCCGUUGUCUUUGCGAUUGGAUUUACAAUAUAUGCAAGAAGAGCUCUGGAUAACAUGGAACGUUCAGGCAUCUGUUCCGAACCUGUCGGCGUCCCUGCUUCAUCGACUGAGUUCAGAGAUAACCUUCAAGGUUGCUCAACUGCACGUUCUGUGCCAAUUGAUGUUGUAUAAUAACAAAUACAGUACACCUCUAAGGUCUGGUUGCCUUAUAGUUUCAAUCAUGUACAUACACCACACUAGAUUGGUAGAAGAGAAAUGUUAACAGCGAGUACUUAUGGGACGGUCUGCUGCUGUGUUAUGCAGCUCUGUAUAUAAAUGCUACUUCUGUGAUAUGCUGAUGCUGUUAAGUCGUUGCUGUUCAGACGUGUGA